UUUCAUUACAUGGCGACAACGAGUACAUUGCAUUGAAGUCGCCGCUUAGAAAGCGUUCGGGAGAAAAGUGCAAAAAAUAAUACAACACAUAGCAACAAAAAAAUAAUAAGAAGAAAUAAACGUUGUGAUUUUUCAUUUGUGGAGGCAGUGAAUACAGUGCAAAGAACAAUUUGGCAAGACAACAGCAGCAACAAUACUGCAGCAGAGGAGGCGGCGCCGAGGUGGCAAGGAAAAGCCACAACAUGCCUAAGCGCACAUCGAACGAAGAUAAUGAAAACCUACUUAAGUUGCAGGACUCGGAGCUAAAUGAGGAGAGCGGCGACGGCUCGGGUGCUGAGGAUGAUGAGCAGGCGGAGCAAACGAGCGCCGGCGAUGAGGAGGAGCCAGAAGAUGACGAUUCGGAUGAUGAUUCCAACUCUGAGGACUCUGCUGAGGAUAAGGGCAACAAGAUAGCGGACAAGUCGCAACAGCAGCAGCAACCAACGACGCAGGCACAGCAACAGCAGCAACCAAAACAACAGCAACAACAACAACAGAAGAAAAAGCAAACGCUGCCGCAACCGAAUAAACAACAACAACAGCGAGCGAAACAAGCGCCACAGCAAAAACAACAACAGCAACAACAACAACAACAGCAGGCCAAGGAGCAGCAGGGAAAAUCAAAGCAGCGUUCCAUUUACGAUACGGAUGAUGAGUCCGAGGAUAGCGAAGAGCAGCAGGACGAGGACCAAGCAAAUCAACAACAGCAGCAGCAACAACAACCACAACAGCAACAACAGCAGCAGCAACAACAACGUCAGCAGCAGCCACAACAGUCGCAGGAUCGCGCGUUAACCAAUCUGAUCAUCAACUAUCUGCCGCAGGACAUGACGGAUCUGGAGUUGUAUCAUUUGUUCUGCAACUGCGGUCCCAUCAACACUUGCAAAAUCAUGCGAGACUACAAGACCGGCUACAGCUUUGGCUACGGAUUCGUCGACUUUGCCUCCGAGGCGGACUCCGAGGAAGCCAUACAGAAGCUCAAUGGCUACUACGUGCGCAACAAGCGCCUGAAGGUCUCUUAUGCACGACCUGGCGGGCAAUCGAUCAAGGACACCAAUCUGUACGUGAUCAAUUUGUCCCGCAACAUCAACGAUGAUCAGCUGGAUCGGAUAUUCUCACCCUACGGCUUGAUCGUGCAGCGCAACAUAUUGCGUGACAAGUUGACGGGGCGCCCACGAGGCGUGGCAUUUGUGCGCUACAACAAGCGCGAGGAGGCACAGGAGGCGAUCAAGGCGUUGAAUAACACAGUGCCGCCGGGCGGUACUCAGCCAAUUUGGGUGCGGCUAGCUGAGGAGCAUGGCAAGGCGAAGGCGGCACAGUUUAUGCAACAAUCGGGCGGUGGCCCCCCAAUCAUGGGGCAACAACAGCAGCCACAAUUGCCGCCACCGCCGCCGCAUCACAUGAACCAUCCGCAAAUGCAGCAGCAGCAACAGCAACAGUUGCACCAUCAUCACCAGCAGCAGCAGCAGCAACAACACCACCAGCAGCAACAACAUCAUCAUCAUCAGCAGCAACAGUUACAUGAACCUCCGCACUACGCGAUGCGAACGCCACCGCAUCCGAUGCAGCAGCUGCAUCAUCAUGGCCAUGGCAUGAACCUUGGCGUUUGUCUCCAGCCGCCGAUGCUUGGUGGUGGCGGAGGCGGAGGAGGAGGAGGCGGCGGUGGUGGUGGCGGCGGCGGUGGCGGUUAUCAUCCCCACAACAAUAUGGCACACAGAGGUAGAUCAAAUAGAACACCACGAUCUCAAAAACCGCAUCCAUAUAAAUUCUUUUAACAAAAUCAAAAAAAAAAAAACAGAAAUUUAUUUAAAACAAAAUUAAUUUCUUUACACAAUAUUAGCUGCAUCUCACA